AACCAGCGUGUGUUGGAAGGCAGCCGGGGACAGACGGGUCGCCUGUCGCUUGUGGGGAGCGUUCCUGGCGUUACUAGAAAAAAAAAAAAAAGUAAUCUCGUUACCAACUCCCACCGACGGGAUUCACUAUUCACCAGACGCGUGUUGCUAUUGGUCGCGGGGAGGGUUGGACUCCAGGCAGCCACCGGUUCACUGUUAUUUCGACGGCGGGAGCGCGUGCAGCCAUCAGUUAGUCGCUCCGCAGUGCGCGCCGGACAUGGAUCAGGACGCAGCGCCCAUUAGUGCGGUGUCUGCCGGACAGACUGCUGUCCGCGGCGCAUAAACGCUGCCCAGAUGAGCCGCCAGCCCCCCGGAUCCUCCGGCGUGCAAUGGCUUAACAGGAGAGACAUGGGUGUCCGGACGGAGGACAGCAUCACUUUGUGCCAAAGGGCUCUCCAAAUUGUGACGGAACUUUGUCUUACGGGACACGUCGACCGGGAGAAAUGCGCGGAUAUUUUCCCCCUGGAGAGCAACAUACCAGACAUCUCUAUUAGUCUCCUUGCUGUGGUCGUGGGUUUCUGUGGCCUCGCCCUGUUGGUAGUCUCUCUCUUUGUCUUUUGGAAGCUGUGUUGGCCCAUUUGGAGGAGCAAGGCACUGUCGGCCCACGCUGAAAAUGGCCUCCACGUGGGCUUCCCCGAGGCGCCUCCGCCCAGCUCCCCGCCUGUCAACGAGUGUAAAGUGGCGGAGGUGGAAAAGAAGCCCCCGCCGGAAGUCAAAAUGAACGGGCGGAGCACGGUGAAGCUCCUGGAGGCGGCCAUGAAGAUCAGUCAGACUUCGCCAGACAUCCCCGCCGAGGUGCAAACGGCCCUGAAGGAGAAGAUCAGCCGGCAGCCGACAAAAAUCCAAAGGCAGACCACUGAGCCAGCCUCCUCCUCCAGGCACAACUCCUUCCGGCGCCACCUGCCGCGUCAGAUGAAUGUCACCAGCGUUGACUUCAACAUGGACACGGUGCCCCUCCGCCAGUCCUCCACGGCCAGCAUAGGAAGGAUAAAACCUGAACUCUACAAGCAGAAGUCUGUGGACUCCGAGGACGAAUCCAAAGAGCCCGUGGAGACUUGCGGCAAGCUCAGCUUCUCGCUGCGCUACGACUACGAGGAGCAGGCCUUGGUGGUGCGGAUCCUCAAGGCGCUGGACCUGCCCGCCAAAGACUUCACGGGCACGUCCGACCCUUACGUGAAGAUCUACCUGCUGCCCGAGAGGAAGAAGAAGUUCCAGACGCGCGUGCACCGCAAGAACCUGAACCCCAUGUUUGACGAGACCUUCAGCUUCCCCGUGGCCUACGACGAGAUCUGCAAUCGCAAGCUGCACUUCAGCGUCUACGACUUUGACCGGUUCACCAGCCACGACAUGAUCGGCGAGGUGGUCGUGGACAACCUCUUUGAACUCUCCGACCUCUCCAGGGAGGCGGUGGUGUGGAAGGAUAUCCACGCGGCGACCACGGAGAGUAUUGACUUGGGAGAGAUCAUGUACUCGUUGUGCUACCUCCCCACGGCGGGGAGAAUGACCCUGACAGUCAUCAAAUGCAGAAACCUCAAAGCCAUGGACAUCACAGGCUCCUCAGAUCCCUACGUGAAGGUUUACCUGAUAUGUGAUGGACGGAGGCUGAAGAAGCGGAAAACAACUAUUAAGAAAAGCACACUAAAUCCGGUGUACAAUGAAGCCAUCAUCUUCGAUAUUCCCCCGGAGAAUGUGGAACAAGUCAGUCUGUCCAUCUUGGUGAUGGAUUAUGACAGGGUCGGACACAAUGAGGUGAUCGGCGUGUGUCAAGCCGGCCCAGAUGCUGUCGGCCUUGGACGAGAUCACUGGAACGAAAUGUUGGCUUACCCACGGAAGCCCAUCACACACUGGCACGCUCUGGGAGAGUGGCCUGGAAGAGCGGCAAGCUUUGAGAGUCAAGGCUCGUGUCCUUCGCCCAAACCGCCGCAGAGCCCUUGACGAGCGCAGGUAAAGUCGUGACGUCGCUGCUGUACGAAGCCGGGCCUCUCGGCCUGAAGAGCAUGUGGUGUGAAAACUGAAUUCAUUCGGGUUUGUGUCGAAACAUCGUGUUGUUUGAAUGCAAGUCCUUCAAGUGCUCUGCAGAGCUGGCUGCGCACAGCCCUGGCUGUGGUCUCGGAGGGAUUCAUCAGCCAAACAUUUACACAGACCUCACGAAUAACGGGCCCCGCCUCAAGGAGUCCUUCACGACUCACUUGCAAGGGGUUUCAGCCGUUUCGUUAUUUCCCAGAAGCUUUUCUUU